ACGUUUGCCGCCCAACAGCUGAACACUUGAAAAAAAAAGCAUUUUCCGAACGAAUGGCGCUUAGACGCAGGCGUUCCCGCCCUCAGUGCUUAAGCAGACGCGAAACGGAACGCACGCGUGAUUCCCGCGCGAAUACCGAACGGACAUCGCGACGAGAAAAAUUACCAAAAAAAUAUCAAAGUUAUAAAUCCUAUCUUAUUAAUAUUUUAAAAUUAUUUAGCCAGUUGAUUUUCUUGUUUAUUAACGUGAACAUUUGGGUUUUUGAAAAGUGAUUUAUUACAAUAGUGCGUGUAACUGUGGCAGAUUGCAAUAAAAAACGGGGGAAAGCUGUUUGCUGUCAUCUGUCAAAAAGGUUGAGAUGGAGGCGAAGGUAAAGGAGGAGGUGCCUGACAAGGACUACACGCAGCCGACUUCCACAGAGAGGAGGAAAUCCACCACCACAUCAAAAGAGCAUCGAUCCCCAGAGCAGGAAGAAGCACGCUCGUCUCCCACUCCUGGCCCCGCCAGCCCUCUGCACAACGGCACCGCUGCAGCACUAUCCUCCACGGAGUCUCUCUCCCCCCCGCUGGCAGAAGGCUCGCGGUCCGCGCCGGCGCUGCAGCGUCUACGCAAGUUCCUGUCAGCGCUGCAGCAGUUCGCGACGGAUAUGGGUGUGGAGACAGGGGAUAGAGUGCGGCAGCUGAUUCAUAACCUUGUGUCGGGCACCCUGAACAUCGAGGAGUUCCAAGCAGGCGUGCAGGAGAGCACCAACUACCCGCUGCGCGCGUCCGUGCCGGGCUUCCUCAGAGCACUGCUCCCGCUGGCACAGAGGGACUUGCAUGCCAGGGCUAGGAGAGCUAAACAGACUCCGCUGCAAUACAUCAGAUCACACGAGCACCUGAUCCUGGAGUCAGGAGGCGACAGCAGCGACAUCUUCGCGCCACAUCCACCCGGGGCAGCCGCCGAGACCGGGGUCAAGAGGCGAGCUAGUGACCCGUUCUACGAGCCAGGCACCACAAACGGCACCCACGAAGAGUACCCUCCUCAAGCCAAGCGCUCCCUGCUUCUGAACCCAUCACCAUUCCUCUACCCGUUGCCUAGCAACGCCAGUUUGUUUGACUACGGACACUAUCAUUACCAUGGACAGGAGGGGUACGAGAGGAGAGAUGGUGGCAUAUCAGUCCGUGAUGUGUCCUCAAUGAACGCCGGGUUCGCGGAGCCCCGAGUGCUGGGUGCUGCGCCCCCCGGGCCUCUCAAGACUGAUGACGAGUGGAAGAACAUCAACACCAUGCUGAACUGCAUCCUCAGCAUGGUGGAGAAGACUAAGCGAGCGUUGGCUAUACUGCAGCAGAGAGGUGUAGAACCAACAGAAAGUAAUGACAUAAAGCGCGCUGCGAGCGAGAUCAUGGCGACUGCCGUGCGCCAGACCGAGGAAAGAGUCGCAGAGGUGCGGAGACGAGCUGAGGAUGCUGUCAAUCAGGUGAAACGUCAAGCGCUGCUAGAGCUGCAGCGCGCAGUGGGCGCGGCCGAGUCGAAGGCGCUGGAGCUGGUGGCGGCCGAGCGCAGCAAGCCGCGACACUCGCCGCCGCCCGGCCGCGACCUCUCGCCCACCGCCAGCGCGCAGCAGAAUUGCUGCUGGAACUGCGGUCGCAAGGCGCAGGAGACGUGCUCGGGCUGUAACGCGGCGCGAUACUGCGGCGCCUUCUGUCAGCAUAAGGACUGGGAGAACCAUCACCAGGUAUGCAGCGGCCGCGACCAAAAACCAACAGGGCUACGAACAUCCCCACCAGCCACUCAGCCCUCUUUACCGAAGCCACUCACACGAGCCACGACUCCAAUAGCCACGAGCACAGCCCCAGCCCCUGACGCGCGACUCUCACUAACCACCCUGAACUCUGCGGAGCGGUUGCUGAACAACCAAGAGAGGACGGAUCGUAUAACCCUGGCGUCAUUGUCGACGGCGCAAGGGUUGAUCGGCAUAGGAAAGAAAUGACGACUGAACAAGGAACCCUUUGUCAGCAGUGUAAGGUUCCCUAGGAAGGUCCGACGGUAAAUUAGUGCCGCCAUUUUUAGAAACAUUCUUUAUUUGAAAAUAAAAAUAUAUUUUUGUUGAUUUUUUUUCGGACUUGGCCGUGCUCUGCCGC